AGUAAAGACAAACGACACCGGACGUCGCGUCGGCGUCAUCCCCGUCUACAAAAUCCGAAAAAUCUGUGAAAUGCGUGGCGAGGCGUAAAAAUCUGAUCGAUUAUUCAAUAUGCAGAUCAACAAUAACACGAGAAUUUAAACGUUUACGAACCUUGUGGAGAAGUAGACGAGCCUUGUGCUGUCAUAAGAAAACAAAACGCUAAAGAAAACUCAAUUAAAUAAGGCAACAAAUUGAAAUAAAAUAGCGCAACAAUUAUUUUUUUAAAAACAUAUUUUACAUAUAUACCCAUAUACUAGAUAUAUGUACAUGUAUUUUGAUACUUAAAAUUGGUGUCGAGCAGUGAACCGUUAAAUGUCUUGAAUUUAACAAAACCAUAAAUAAAACAAAAAACACAUACAGAAAACUCUUGAAGUAAUUCGUGCGUUAAGAUUCUCGACAUAAUUAAAUGCAAAUUGCGCCAUGGAUUUUAUUUCAAACAUAAUUAAACGACCCAUGAGUAUUGUACUACCCGAUCCAAGUCCCAGCUCCAGUUCAUCAACAACCGCCAUAUCAACGGGUAUGCAGAAUCAAAAGGAAAAGUCACCAUCGCCUGGGCCCAAUUCGCCACUCAUUGCCAGAGCCAUGAAUCGUUCAAUCAACACGGAACUGACGGAUCUCUUGGACUCGGCAGCUCUAGACUUAGUGCGUUUGGACCAGCAGCAGAGUACUCACAGUGUCCAUAAAGAAAAUCCAAAUAAUUCAUAUACCGAUCAGAAGCCAGUGGACCCCAUGACUCCAAUCAAUAACCGAGAGACCAUUCAGCAGCUCCUCAACGAAAUCAAUUUCAAUUUGAAUCAAGUUAGCAUCAAUGAAAUGGAACAUCUACAGGCUAUGAGCGAGGAGCUCAGUCCGCUGGCUAUGAAGUCCCCCAAUCACGUUAAGCCGCUGGCAGCGGUGCGACCAUCACUGCCGGGCACGCCCACAACGCCCACCACAACAGAUCCAGCAUCGGGCGAGGCAAGCUCAACGCUCGAGCACUAUAAGUUGAAUGCCGAUGCGAAUGGAGGCUUAUCGAAAGGCGCUGAAAUAACAGGCUUUAAAUUUACGGGUUUGCCGGAAUUCGAUGAGACAAAAAUUCCCGAACUGGCGCCUCUCAUCGUAGAUAUGGAAGCACAACUCAAAGGAAAUCAUAGCGGUAUCAGUCCCGCAUUGCCACUGAGCUCGACCAUGAAGCUUUUGGAGCAGGAUUAUAACUCUGACUCGGAUGUCUAUGUCGAGUGCAUGUCACUAAACAGUGAGAAAUUCUCUGCAGAUCCAUCGGAGUUAGAAACUUACCGCAGUGCACUAAACGAGCAAUUGGAACGUCAGUUAACGGGGGGCUCAAGGGAACCAACGCUGGGUGAAGCGACCAUUGCCGCAUCGCACAACUGCAGCUAUGAGCCCAUGGAUGUGGAUGAUAUCAACGAUACAAUGGAAAUGAUAAAGGGUGUCUUGGAACCGGAGGAUCACCAGUUUUUGCAGCAACAAGUACUGAGCGAAGCACAGCACACGUCUGAGGAAUUCAACCCAGAAGAGCAGAUAUUGGAGAAGCCAGCGGAAGUUUCUCAGGAACGUCAGAACACUGAGCAGGAGGCAGCCAUAGGGGAAAAAACCGAAACACAGUUACAGCAGGAGCAGGUGCUGGCCACUUCAACGGAAUGUGUCGAACAAAAAAGGUACGAAGAGGAGCGCAUUCAGCCAAAAGAGGAAAGCAAGAGUGUGGAGCCAGCUGCUUCAACCUCACAGCCUAUUCCUAGCCUGCAGGCGGCAACUUCAGCUUCCUUGGAACCGCUUUCGCCACCUGUACCGACGUUGCAAAGACAACAAUCUCCAGAACUGGCACCCACACCCUCCAUUGAAGUGCUGCCGUCAUCAAUAGUCGAAAUACCCGUUCCCGCCCAGACAUCUGAAUCGCCUGAUCCCCCACUUAAAGCUGUAGGUCCUCCAUCUGUUUCGACUGCUGCAGUAUCGCCGCCUAUACCCACACAUCGUCCCAAAACUGUUUCCGAGCUGGAACUUAUGGCGUGGAAGGAUACGCCAUUGCCACCAUCGCCAACACAGGAUGAUGAUUCUGAUCGCGCCAGGAGCCCAUCACCCGCGCCGUGUAAAUCUCCACUCACAUUGGAUAUGACCAGAUCCAUAGGAAGUUCUGGACGUGCUUCAGCACCUGCUUCACCUACCUUCCCCCUUAAAACGGCGGAGUCACAUACAACAGCAGACCACUUCCCACGCUCUCCAAAUGCACCACCAGAACAGGAACAGAUGAGCUAUUUGGAGAAGGCCAUUGUCCAACCAUCAAUAGAGCGGAAACUAAGCACGCCAAUCUUUCCUAAAUCGCCAGUGUCCAUACAAAUAACACAGCCUAGUCCGGGAAAGGAUGAACAACUAAACGAUACCAUGCCCAUGUCAUUCACCUCCUCACAGGGUGGAAGCCCUGCACCAAGUGUGCUGUUGAAUGGCACUUUUGACGGAGAACCUGGUGCACGCGCCGAGUUUGUAGGUGGUGUUAUACUCCAUGCAGAUGCUAGCAGUUUGGAGCGUCACACUAGUCCAGUUGAGGGUGUGCUAAUCUCUGCUGCAAAAAAUUCAGAGCAACGCACAUUUAACACGAACGCUUCGGAAGAACAGAGCAGACGCACAUUUAGCCUGUCCGAGGAACAAAAUCAUUCUCGUCGCACUUUCAACUUAACAACAGAUUCAACUGAGAAUGUCCCACUCCACCCUGAUACGAAGCAAGAGGGGCAGGAACAGUGCCGCCGCACAUUCAAUCUUAGCGGAGAGGAGGAUCAUGCACGGCGCACUUUUUCACUUCCCACCGCAUCGGAUGAAUUGGAACAGAUGGCAUCACCCGCUUUUGAGGCCACCGAGGAAACAGUUGGCAAUGAGGACUUUGAACCCAUGGACGUAGAUGUUUCAUUCCGGGCACAGAUAACGGCACCAACGACAUCGGUCUCUCCACCCAUACCCACACAUCAGGCAAAAAAGGGUCUGACAAUGUCAGAAUAUCCCGAAACUCAAGCUGUCUCCCCACCGUUGCCAACGCAUCAGCGAAAGGAGCCACAAUUAUCACCUCCCUUGCCGACCUUGCUGAAACGCCCAACCAUCGAGGUUGUGCAGAAUUCGCCAACAGGUGCCAAUGUCACCGUCGUCCUGGACGAGCAAAUGCUUUCGGCCAAAGAGCAGGCAACAUUGAGUGCCAGUGAUGAGAAAGAUGAUGUUUUCGUGGAGCACUUUGGAGCUCUCUCACCAGUAACGGAUGAUAUCUUCAAGGCCCCGCAAUACACAAGCAGUACCUUCGCCAGCAUGACUGCAGCAGCGGCCAAAGCGGCGAAUAACGAAGGUAGCGCGCAAGAGGAGCAGUUCCUGGACGGGGCCUCAAACAGCAACUUAAUAUUCAAUUCAUCCGAUCUCGAAUAUCUGUACACAAAAGGCAGUCACAAUGGACCCGUGGAUCGGAGCUCAUUGCUGUUAAAGUUUGAUCCGCUGCUUGGUACACCCGUACCUGCGAAUCCGCAGCUUAAUUUACUGGGUUUCAAUUACAACAACAAUAACAACUUACGUGCCCUCAGCCCCACAAUUGAGGAACACGAGUCAAGCGGCAGUAAUCAAUCGUUUGUCAUCGAACAGCCAGAGUAUAGUGCCAAAAAAGCAAAGGAUUUUGAAUUCAAGCCGCCAGUGGACAGAACAAAAAAGCAUGCUAAAAUGAGUGUCGAAGUGAUUGGUAACGAUUGUAACAAAACCUUCGAUAAUCCCAACCUAAACACAGAAGACAAGGCCAACAACUAUCAUAACAUGGAUGAAUUGGAAAAGAAAAUCAAAAAUGAAGUCACCAAAUCGGAGGAUAUAGAAAAGAAACUGAAAGAGGCAGAACAGCGUGAAGAGGCGCUCAUCAAACGUAUAACAGAAAAGGAUAAAACUAAUGCAAAACUCAACGGCGUUAUCGAAGCGUAUGAGAAAGCCAUUGCGGAACUUAUCAACGAAAAAGAGAAACUGGUACAAACCUAUGAGAGGCAAUUAAUGGAGGUACAGACAGAUCGUGAUUCCAAUUAUCAUCACUUAACGUCGCUGGAAACGACAUUCUCUGAUCUGCACGUCAAAUAUGAGAAGAGCAAAGAGAUGACUUCACAACUCAAACAAAUCGAGGAGAAUUUGCUGACGGAGAAGAAACAAACUAUGGAGAAUUUGCGACUGCAGGAGCAGCGCUAUGAAAAAAUGAAAAGUCAUGCCAUGCAACAGUUGGAAAUUGCCAACAAAAAGCUGGAUACCAUUACAAAAGAGCAUGCGGAUGAGGUGAAAAAACUAAAAGCUUUACUCAAAAAGGAGGAGGUCUCACGGGUCUCCAUUGCCGAGCAGUUGCAACAGAAAUCGCGCGAGAAUGCGGAUUUGGUUAAAAUAUGCGAGGAACUCAUUUAUGGCAAAGGACAAGAUUUUUAGUUGCCGUCUUGUAGUUUACCGUUAAUUUGUAUUAACUACCAGUACCACCCGCCUUCUCCAAAACACACAUAACACACCCAAGCUACUCACACAGACAUAUGCACACCGGCCGCCCAAUAGAAGAUGUGUGAUGAGUCGCGAUAUGGUGAUGAGCAGCAAAUGCGUUCCACAUGCGUUUGCGAAUACAAUAAUUUAUUUUAAACAAAUUGUAAAAACUUUGCGAAUCGUUAUAUCUCUCCUUUAUAUACAUGCAUACAUAAAUGUUCUGUCGAAUCUAUUUCUAUGUUUUCAACACGCCCAUUUCAAAUGAUAUUAAAGUGCUGCGCAUUUUUUGCUUAAAAAUUCUUGGCAAUUUUUCUGUCAAAAUGUAGACAGCGGCGUAAACAACAAAAAUCCAUAAAAAUAUUGUUUGUUCUUUGUAUUUGAUGCAACCCCCAUUUAAAAUGAGAUAAGAAAAACAGCGCACGAACGCGAGCGCCUUUACUAAAUAUCUAAGUUACAAAUUUAGUUUAAUAUAAAUUAAUAUCUUUUAAUAGUUGUAUUAAGCAUAAUUCUUACCACUUAAUUAUGUAUUAGUACUAAAAAGAAACAACAAAAAACAAACUGAAAACCAACACAAGCGUAAAAAACAAAUUGCGAAUCAUUAAAAUCACAACAAAAACAAAAAGCAUAUAUGCAUUAAAACAAGAAAUGUGUAUUUAUUUUCAAUUUGCAACAGCUUAUCGAAUUUUAUUUUGCAACGCACUAGAAAUGAAUGAAUGCCUUAAAAAGAAUUGUUAAAAAACCGUUAGAAGCGCCAUUUACAGUUACAUUAAACACGACACUUUUGAGCACUUAACUACAAAGCUUUGUAGAAAUGCAAUAAACCCCUUGCCCACAUUAGCGUAGCUUUUGAGUAGGGCGUUUUUUGAUUUGUUUACCUUCUUGAGAACUCUACAAAAACUUUACUUCCAUUAAGUAAUUGACUAUAAGAAAAACCAUGCAAUAAUAAAGCAUAAUGAAAAUAAAUUGUUGAAAGUGAGUUAAAAAACAAUUUGGAAUGCGAAUGAAAACGGUGAAGCGGUGUCACACAAAAAAAUUGUAUACAAAUUUGUACCCAGUCCAUGUAUAAUCAGAAAUUAUAUACAUACAUAACAACUACUAUAUAUACGACAUACACAUAUAUAUUUUUCUAAAAAUGAGGCUACCCCCAGGUAUAUAUACAUAUACGUACAUACGAGCAGAGGCGCUUUUUAAUGAUGACUAUAAUUAUGAGAAAAGGGGGAGUUGGAUAUAUCAAAUGCGCUGUAAAAACAACACAUAAAUAGUAUUAAAGCCUGCAUACAUAUUGAAUACAAAUACUCAAAAGACAAUUCGAUUUCCCAUGUGGAUAAUGUAUGUAAAGGUGAUGAAAAAGUUGCAUAAUUAAACAAAUAAAUAUGAACUUGUAAACCAAAA